UCAAACAUCACGUAUGAAAGCAUCCACUCUAUUCCCUCAUGCAUUCAAUGCCACCGGCUGUACCAUUUUGUCACCUACAAUUGCCGGUCAACUAUUCUCUCUCAUUUCUAUUUCCUUCUUUCUUUUGUUCCUUUCACACACACCCUUCUCUCUCUCUCUGAAACUGUUACUAUCAUCUCAAAGAGUGUGUUGUUGUCUACAAAUGAAGGAUUUGGAUUUGUGCAUUUGAGAUAUUCUAUUCAUCUAGGUGUAUAUGGAGAAGAAAGAGAUGGGUGUGAUGAGUGUGAAGAGUGAAGAAGAUGUUGUUGUUGGUGGUGAUUCUUCAUCUUUGUUAAACGGUUUUCAGUUUUCUAGCGUGUUUGAUUUCAGUGAUGCAGAAAAAAGCUCUUCUUUAGGGUUUAUGGAAUUACUGGGUGUGGAAAACUAUAGUUCUUUGCUUGAUGUGCCUCAACUAUCAACCAUGAGUCAUCAUCAAACUACAGUUAAAUCUUCAUCUGAUAAUAAUGGAAAAGAGUGUUCUGAGGUUUUGAAUCAACUGCCUCAAACUCCUAACUCUUGCUCGAUUUCAUCGGCUUCUAGUGAAGCAGUUAAUGAUGAACAACGCAGUAAGACUCUUGUUGACCAAGUCCAAGAAGAUGAAGAAGAAAAACUAAAAACCAGUAAACAGUUGAAGACUAAGAAGACAAAUCAAAAGAGACAGAGAGAACCAAGAUUCGCGUUCAUGACGAAAAGCGAGGUGGAUCAUCUGGAAGAUGGGUACAGAUGGAGAAAGUACGGUCAAAAAGCUGUCAAGAACAGCCCCUUUCCAAGGAGCUAUUAUCGCUGCACCACUGUUUCAUGUAAUGUGAAGAAACGUGUGGAGCGUUCUUAUACUGAUCCUACCAUUGUUGUCACAACUUAUGAAGGCCAGCACAUUCAUCCAAGUCCAGCUAUGUCCCGUUCCGCCUUUGCCGGAGUUCAGAUACCACCACCGACCGCUGUUUCAGGUGGGUUUCCUACUAACUUUGGUUCAGUUUUGCAAGGGAACUACUUAUCAUCACAGUAUCAGCAGCAGCAACAACACCAUCAGAAUCAUCAACAACUGGUUAAUACAUUGUCCUCUUUGAGUAACCCUUAUAAUUACAAUUCGUCUGCUUUUACUCAAGAGAGGAAGCUUUGUAAUCCAGGGACAACUACUUCCUUUCUUAGGGACCAUGGUCUUCUUCAAGAUGUUGUUCCUUCACAUAUGUUGAAAGAAGAGUAAAUAUAUGAUUUGAUAAAUAGCUUCAUUAUUACUUUCUAUAUGUUAGUAGUAUUUCUUUCUUUUUUAGUAUAUUUUCUUGCUGACUUUUUCUAUAAGACUUAGGUAACAACUAUGUAACUUUUCUUUCUGAUAUGACUGAUAGGUGGUGAGGGUGAUAUAGAGAAAUGAUAUUCUUACACUAAAUGUGACACCUACACCUCAAUAUUAUACUAUUUUGUGUAUUUAGAAUGUAUAAUAAUUAUUUUUUCAAUGUUUUGACAUAGACAAACAUAUAUCCAUGCUGUAUUUUCUAAGGUGUAAGUGUAUGGUGUAUGAUUCUUGGUGUAAGAAUAGCAAGCCUCGGGUGAUAUAUUACUAUAUAUUAGUGAUGAAUGAUAAUGAUCAUCUUGUAAAGACCACUUUAUCUUUAUUGCAUAUAGUCCACAUCAUGAUUAUUAUGAUCUAUAAAAUUUAGAUAAAUAUCAAAUAUUCAUGAAAAUACAUUACUAAUUUAAUGUAUUUCUAAUCAUAUAUGAUAUGUAAGUGUUUAAAAUCCCAAGAGGUUGACCCGUUCGAAUCCUGAGAGUAUGUUCCUCUGAAGGUCUUAAGUUCGAAUCUUGCUACAUGUUAACAAUUUCUGUGUUGGGCUAAAUCUUGGCUCUCAAAAAAAAAAUGUAAGUGUUGAAUCUGUGUUAGACACCGCCACCGGACACGAUUUCGGUAGGAAAUGUGGGUGCUAGCGUGUAACUUUACAUUGAUCUAGUGCAGGGACUACUUCCUCAGUCAUGUCUAUCAAUUGUUGUUGUUUCUGCUUCAAUAUUACUAUGUUUAGUAUAGAACAGAAAGAAAAAAGGAACAAAGUUAUGUCAUUGGUGGGUUGGGCUGUGCUGCAAAACUGAAUUCUAUCAUAUCUAUUUUAAAUGAUAUGAUUACGACUUCUCAUUUGUCUUAUAUUUUUGUUUCUUUUUGCUGAAGGAAUGUGCAUUGAUUUCACUGAUGUACAGUACAUCAUGCAGUGACCAUUGUUAGGUUAAUGUUUAUAAAACAAGAACAAUUGGUGUACAAGUUUGCUAACUAUGUUUUGUUCCUGUAAAACUAAUUAUAGUAAUUUUUUUUUUUUUUUCAAUUGUGGCUGUGAAAUUUUUUAUACCAAGAUGGAAGCAAGGUUAUAAAUAAGGAGAAUAAUUC